AUGUCCGACAACGCCUUCAGCCAGAGCCAUCCGGCGAGAUUAGAGAAUGAGAAUGAGCCUCUCAUUGGGAAUACCUUGACCGCUGAAGAUGACGCUUGUCCGACAGAAACGUCCAGCGUGGACCAGGAGCCGAAGAGCAGUCUGCAUUUUUUAAUGGUGUCUCUCGCAAUAGGGGGGCUUCAAGUUGUCUGGUCGGUCCAGCAUUCCAGCGCUUCACCAUAUCUCCUCUCGCUGGGAUUGAGUAAAGCCCUGCUGGCAUUUACCUGGUUGGCUGGUCCUCUUACAGGUACAUUUGUGCAGCCAUAUAUUGGCAUUCGCAGUGAUAAUUGCUCUACUCGCUGGGGAAAAAGGAAGCCGUUCAUGGUUGCUGGGGGCGCAGGGACAAUUGUAUGUCUACUGGCUUUGGCUUGGAUACGCGAGAUCGUUGGAAUCUUUUCGGGCUGGUCAACCGAGGAGACUCAGUCAGGGACGAAAGUCGCGAUCAUUAUCCUUGCGAUGGUGUUGAUAUAUUGCCUGGAUUUUGCAAUUAACACUGUACAAACAGCAACCCGUGCCUUUAUCGUGGACAAUGCUCCGUGGCAGCAACAGAAGCUGGCAAACGCCUGGGCAAGCCGCAUCAGCGGAGCAGGGAAUAUCCUGGGCUACUGUCUCGGGUUUCUGGAUCUGCCAACGAUGUUUCCCUUUCUAGGGAACACACAAUUCAAGGUGCUAUGUGUCGUCGCCAGCGUCUCUCUUAUGACUACCCUAAUCAUAAGCUGCACCUUCACGGAAGAGAUGAAUCGCGCGGAGGAACCGCCUACCAGGGACCCGACUGCCACCAUGCCUUCCAUCAGGUUAAUUCUUAGGUCUAUCGGUCAGCUCUCAUCGCAGACCAGAAAAGUGUUCUCCGUUCAGCUUGCUUCGUGGUUCGGGUGGUUUCCAUUCUUAUUCUUUUCAACGACUUAUAUGGGGCAGCUGUAUGUCGAUCCCAUAUUCGACAAACAUCCUGAUAUGAGCGACGAUGAUAUAGACAAGACCUGGGCAUACGCCACCCGGAUCAGCACAUUCGCCCUAUUCGUCAACGCUCUCAUUUCGUUCACUGCGAAUAUUAUGCUGCCGCUUCUCAUCCGCCCGGCGCAGGAAGAGGAGAUGGAAGCCACCAAGUCUACACCAACCAGCAGUUAUUCAUGGCAGACACUGCCAUCUCGGUGUCUCCAAAAGCUUUGGAUCCCCGGGCUCACUCUCCGACGCAUGUGGCUGCUGUCCCACUAUGCAUUUGCGGCUUGCAUGUUUAGCACUUUCUUCAUAUCAUCCACCCAAGGGGCGUCGGUGAUGGUCGGGAUCUUGGGUGUAUCAUGGGCCAUCACCGCGUGGGUGCCAUAUGCACUCAUCGCCACGGAUAUUGCGCGGUUCACCGCUGAAAAACGGCAACGACAGUGCCCACCGGUCUUUGAUGAAAACAGGGAACAGAGGAUUUCCCAGCCACAAGACCCCUCUCUCGAAUCGGGGCAAGACGGUAGUGGACAAACAGGACAAGCGGGUAUUGUCCUUGGGAUUCAUAACGUCUUUAUCUCUUUUCCACAAAUUAUCUCUGGCGCAGUCAGCAGUCUUAUCUUCAAGAUGCUGCAGAAACCAAGGGGAGAGCCUUAUGAUACAAGCGUUGCAUGGGUCAUGAGACUGGGAGGCUGUGCUGCCUUGGUAGCGGCAUUCUUGACCAUAUCGCUGCAAGAGCGAUUUCAAAGAUAA